AUGUCUGCUAUGACGGGUCCGAGAUCACCUACUUCUCCAUGGCCUCAGGAGCCACCAAACCUACAAAUUACAGGUCACCCUACCUCAGCAGCAAUUUUUUCGUUGUGUGACUCUCAUCAGUCUCCGCUCAACUCCAGCCUUAGUCCUCGCAAUGCAGUCCCAGAACGUUCGGGUCCUAAUUAUUUCUCUAUCAGCGUAGAGAGUUCCUCCACCCCGAGAAAGACUGGUGAUACACUCUCUUAUACCCAGUCCUCAAUUCCUAGUCCGAAACCACACUUAUUACCCACGAAGGCUGUGCUCGAUGAUUUUGCGAAUCAUAUAGGAACUGGCUCAACCGUUGACGAACGCAGUGUGUCUGCGAUCUACAGACGCUCUUUAAGCCGUGCCUUGCCGAAAAAGGAUUCUAUUCCUGACCGAUCUGACACCUCUUCGAACGCAACUUCUGAAAAUGGUCGCGCCGUUGCAGUUGAGCGCUGUGCUGAGUUACUUGAAUCCUCACCCAAUGAUGUCAUACUCUUAGAUGUGCGGCCAUAUGCGCACUUUGCGAAAGGGAGCAUCAAGGGAUCAUUGAACCUCUGCAUACCAACGACUUUAUUGAAGCGCCCUUCGUUUGAUACACAAAAGUUGGCAAAUACUUUCACAAACCACGUGGACAAGAUGAAUUUUGCGAGGUGGAAAUAUUGCCGUUAUAUCAUCGUCUAUGAUGCAGGGACUUCUGACAUGAAGGAUGCGGGGCCUUUAGCCAAUGUGCUGAAAAAGUUUACGACCGAAGGAUGGAAUGGAGAUGGACUGAUACUUAGGGGUGGGUUCGACUCAUUUUCGAACCGAUUUCCGACUCUCCUGCAACAGAAAAGUUCGCCUGCAAAACCGUCAAAAAAGCCAACUUCAAUGCAUAUAGACCUACCAUCUGUUGCCCCGAUUGCUGGGGGCUGUGCUUUGCCUGAUUCCUCACGUCCUACGAUCCCCUUUUUUGGGAACAUUAGGCAGCACAUGGAUCUUCUUGGUGGUGUCGGACAGAUUCCUCUCCAGCUGCCUGAGAGUCUGACAGAAUCGUUGAGGCAGUCACUUCCACCUUGGCUGCGGGAGGCGACAGAUCCAGCAGACCAAGGCCGUGGUGUUUCAGAGAAAUUCUUAGAACUCGAGAAGAAGGAACUAGAACGCAUGAAACAAGCCCUGACUUAUGACAAGCCUUCCGAUACUUCAGCAGCCGGUGUUUUCCCAGCGAAAUUCCGUGUCGCAGGUAUAGAGAAAGGCACAAAGAACAGAUAUAACGACAUCUAUCCCUUUGACCACUCCCGAGUGAAGUUGCAGGAUGUGCCGCCUGGGGGGUGUGAUUACGUAAAUGCAAACUUCAUGAAAGCAGAGUAUGGCAAUAAAUGCUACAUAGCUACUCAAGCCCCUGUGCCCGAUACAUUUAUUGAUUUCUGGCGUGUCAUCUGGGAACAAGAUGUCAGGCUCGUUGUUUCGUUGACGGCAGAGUUCGAAAGAGGCCAGAUUAAAUGCCACCCAUAUUGGGAGUCUGGGAAAUAUGGGCCUCUUCAGGUUAACAACUUUUCCCAGAAAUACCUCGAUAUAGAUUCUCCAGAUUCGCAGCAAGUCGAUUCUUCAUUCAGAACAAACGAGGAUUCCGGUAAACCUUAUAUAAUUCAAUUGUUCCGGGUGCUCCAAAAACGCGCGUCCCAGCAACUAUAUGGUGCCCAGUUCACUGCAAGUUGCACUCAGUUCCACUUUGGUUCGUUGGUCCUUGAUGUCAAAGCCUCAUCGCUGGCCCCCUCUGAGCACCAGAUAUUUGCGCUUGUCUAUAAAGGACAUGAGGACAUUCAGCUUUUCCGCACCGAGAAUGGCCAGCUUCAGCUUAAAGCUUGCUUGAAACCACACCGACUUCAGCCAGGAGUAGUCGAGGUUCUAAGGACAGCCUUUGAUGCAGAUGAUGGCCUCUAUGUCCUACAACGCUUUACACCUACGACUGAAGAAAGUCCAGACUCGGGGCAUCCGUUCAUCAAACAAGCAUUCAAGUCCUAUAUUAAGGGGCAGGUCUAUCUCAUUCGCUAUUCCCUCCAAUCUCGACAUGACCCCGUUCGCGUCUGUACGUUUCCAGACCAUGCUGAGUAUGAGCCUCUGGCUCUUGCCGCUGCCCAUCGAGAUACUUUUGCAAUUUCCUGGCAGCAUUCCCAUGAAAGCGAAGAAUAUGAAGUAGUGCUUUAUAAUGCACAGAGCGCAUCUAGCGCUCACAGCCUACCAAGCGUAAUAGACUGGACCAAACAGCGUCAAAAUGAUGACAUACAUCCUCAUGCAAGAUUAGCCAAUCCCCGUUUCAAUUGUAAGAAAGGUCCUGUGAUAGAGCUUGCAUUCAACGAUAGAUCAACCCAAAUACUCUAUUACCACCGUGCCCAAACUUUAUAUGGGUCAUUCCAAAACAUCAAAAGAAUCAAUAUGACUUCUUUCCCGGUCCAGCCUACAUUAUAUCAGAACUCAUCCCUGGUGCAGUUCUCGGGUUCUUUGCGUCUGCUCUUCUCAAUCGCCAUUCCCUUUUAUGGGACACAUGCAACGCGAGUGGAGGAAAACGGCCAUUCCAGAUGUCAGUGGAAAUACCUUGCCUUCGGAGUAGCCACUCAUCGCACGGAAGAUUGGACUGUCGCAUGCUUGUUGAAAUCCGAAGCAUUCUGCUCAUCUGAACAUUGUGGGCAUGUUCUGAACCUCGAACGCGGGCGACGCUUUCUUAACUGGACAGUAGUUGCACGACUUUGGGGCUUUCAGGAUUCGAAUAAUUCCCUCGGUUGUAAAGUCGCUACUUCAAAACAUGGCACACGGAUUGCUGUCGCUAACUGGAAUGUCUUGUACAUCUGGGCAUUGCAGCCCAGUGCACUCAUCGAACAAAAUGCCAACGGAUAUUACCCGUCCUUGCUGCAGUCCCCCGGUUCGGCAAUGGUCGAACUACGACCACUCGUUAUCCCACUAGAUGCAGUCUGCUUCGAAUUACGUUUCACAGAUGCGGAGGACGAAUUGUUGGCUAUUACAGACCGAGGGUUGAUGUAUUGGAAUCUUGGCCCGCUAGGAAGAGGCCAAAGAAUCACUGAAGAGCUACCCGCUUAG